UACACGGAACACACACCCACAUCCGCGCGCAUAGAUUGUGUCUGACUGGCGAGCCGGCCGCUGUCCACACAGCCCAGUGUUCCGAGUGUCGGUGCGCCUUGCAAUGAUCUCGCCGGAGCUCAGUUUCAACGUUUUGACGCGGGACCUGUCUCAUUAUCUGGAAAACCAAGUGAAAGUUGGUCUGCUGGACUCGGGAGUCGGACUCUCUCUGGUGCUCGGCUUCAGCGCGGCGUACACCUGCUAUUACCUCAUCUCCGUGGCCAAGAAGCCGCAGCUCAUUUCAGGAGGAAAAAAGUUCUACCAGUUCCUGCGUGAGCAAUGUCCCAUUGUGUCCGAGACCUACUACCCCACCUUCUGGUGCUGGGAGAGUCGCAUCCAAACUCUGCUCAGACCCUUUGUCACGGCCAAGCCUGGUGUGGUCUACAGGAAUGAGCUUAUUAAAGCGGCAGAUGGAGGACAGAUCUCCUUGGAUUGGUUUGACAAUGAUGACAGCCUGACUCAUCCCGACCCCGCUGCAAGACCCACUGUCCUCCUCCUGCCGGGGCUAACCGGCACCAGCCGGGAGUCUUACAUCCUGCACAUGGUUGAACAAAGUCGAGAUCUGGGCUAUAGAGCCGUGGUUUUCAACAACAGGGGUGUGUCAGGGGAAACGCUGCUGACACCUCGGACCUACUGCGCGGCCAACACAGAGGACCUGGAGACUGUCAUCGAGCACAUUCACUCGAGCUACCAGACUGCUCCCAUCAUGGCGGCGGGAGUGUCCAUGGGCGGAAUGAUGCUAGCUAACUACUUGGGGCGCAAGGGCCAGGAGACGUGCCUGAGAGGGGUGGUAGUGUUCUCGGCGGGCUGGGACGUGUUCGAGUGCACGGCGUCACUGGAAAAGCCUCUGGACCGCUUCCUCUUCAACUCCUACCUCACCAGCUGCCUGCAAGCCUCGGUGCACAGACACAGACCAGUGCUUGAAAAGUGUUACGACAUCGACCACGUUAUGAAGGCCAAAACAAUCCGAGAGUUCGACGAAAGGUUCACGUCCAUCAUGUUCGGCUAUGCCACCAACGACGACUACUACCGCGACGCCAGUCCCGUCCACAGGCUUAAGUCCGUACAGGUGCCCAUGCUGUGCCUCAACGCUGCCGACGACGUCUUUUCCCCAUCUCACGCCAUUCCUGUGGAGGCCGUGAAGCAGAAUCCCAACCUGGCCAUGCUCAUUACCUGCCACGGAGGCCAUAUUGGCUUCCUGGAGGGCCUGUGGCCAAGGAGGAGCACCUACAUGGACAGAGUCUUCCGCCAGUUCGCCCGUGCCGUCAUCGAGCAGGGCGGACGACUCAAAGAUCUCUCCUGAGAACCCCCCUCUCCAUCCUCGGUGCAUUCCAUCCGUCCUUUCAUUCGUUUUAUUUCCCUCUAAUGACCUCCUCCAUCCAUACAUCCCUCUCUCUCACUAGAAGCAAAAAAAACAACAUUGUUCUGGUAUGAAGGGCACGUCAUGUUGGCUGCAGUCAUUUGAUUUAUUUAUUCCCCUGUACAAUUAUUGUGACAUUGUAACGAAGCCUAAGGGUUUAGAACAAUGUUAACUACCCGUAUUUUUCGGACUAUAAGUCGCACCUGAGUAUAAGUCGCACCAGCCAUAAAGUGCCCAACGAAGAGGAAAAAAACAUAAAACGUAAUUUCCCGAAUAUAAGGC